ACUGACCAAAUCAGCGCACUUCUUGCCGGUCAAGACUACUUAUACGUUGAGGAAUAUGCGAGGUUGUAUAUUAAAGAGAUAGUUCGUCUACAUGGAGUGCCAAUCUCUAUUAUAUCUGAUAGCGGAGCUCAAUUCACUGCAAAUUUUUGGAAGUCAUUUCAGAAGUGUUUAGGAACACAAGUGAGGUUUGGUAAAAAAGUCAAAGUGAUACGGCAGCGGCUAGAAACAGCUCAAAGUCGACAUAAAUCAUAUGCAGAUGUUAGAAGGAGAGGACAAGAAUUUUCUAUAGGGGAUUGGGUGUUCUUGAAGGUGUCACCAAUGAAAGGGGUAAUGAGGUUUGGUAAAAAAGGAAAAUUGAGUCCACGCUAUAUAGGGCCAUAUAAGAUUAUUCGAAGAGUUGGCCAAGUAGCCUAUGAGUUAGAGCUACCACAAGACCUUUCAUCAGUUCAUCCGAUGUUUCAUGUCUCGAUGCUUCGGAAAUGCAUAGGUGACCCAUCUCAUAUUACUCCUACUGAAGAUGUACAGGUUACGGGAGAUUUCACUUAUGAAGAAGUACCCAUUGCUAUUCUGGAUCGACAAGUUAGGAAGUUAAGAAAUAAAGAAGUAGCUUCUGUAAAAGUAUUACGGAGGAACCAACAAGUAGAAGAAGUUACAUGGGAAGUGGAAGAAGCAAUGAAAUUGAAGUAUCCUCAUCUCUUUCAGAUCCAUGUGAAGGAUGAAAAUGCUUAG